AUGGAUGAAGAACUUCAAAUAGUUGACGUGUGGUCUGACAACUUAGAAGAUGCAUUUGAGAAGAUUCGAGAUUUGCUUGAACUUUACCCCUACGUGUCGAUAGAUACAGAAUUCCCCGGUAUAGUCGUGAGACCGACCAGCUACCUGGAGGAUUAUAACUACCAAACAAUAAAAUGUAACGUUGAUUUGUUAAAUAUAAUCCAACUCGGGCUCACAUUUGCCAAUUCAGAUGGAGUAUCGCCCAACACAGCUUCAACUUGGCAAUUUAACUUCAAGUUCGACUUACACCAUGAUAUGUACGCACAAAACUCAAUAGAUAUGUUAAAAAACUCCGGAAUAGAUUUUGAGAGUCAUCAGAGAAGGGGAAUAGACCUAGUUCACUUUGGCGAACUAAUCAUGUCCUCAGGGCUGGUAAUGAACGAAGAAAUAGUAUGGAUAUCAUUCCACGGAUCAUACGAUUUCGCAUAUUUGCUAAAGCUACUGACGUGCACGAACCUGCCCUCAAACCAGUCUAGAUUUUUUGAGCUGCUGCACGACUUCUUCCCGUCGUUGUACGACAUCAAGUUCCUGCUUAACGAAAGAAGCAUAGAGCUUAGCGGUAGACUGUCGCUACAAAAGUUAGCAGACCACCUGGACGUAAAGAGAGUAGGACUGCAGCACCAAGCAGGAAGCGAUUCAUUGGUGACAAGCGGAACGUUCUUUAAGCUGAUGCAAAAGUACUUUGAAAACAAACUGGAUGACCAGAAGUACCAAGGAAUAAUAUACGGACUGGGUAAAAGUAGCCCGGCGACAUAUAACCCGAGCCUAAUGGAAAAAGAAAUGUUCCAGCCAGCGCCACUGCAAAUCAAUAUCCCCAACGGUCAUGGAACAGCAAACUACACAACCAUUAAUCACGCAAAUGGAACAAGUAGUAGCAUCAACUCGAACAACGGAGCGAGCAUAGUCAACAUACAGAGCGGCAUGGGAGGAGGCGUCGGCACUUCGAUGGCUACCGGAAUGGGAGCCACGAUGAACGCAGACAUGGCGAACAACGUGGGCAUGAUGAACCUGAACAACGGAGUCUCGUACAACAACUACUACGGCGCCGCAGCAGCAAACACGACCUACUACAAGUGGAACACGCUGCAAAACAACGUGAUCUACGACUCGCCGUUCGCGAAGCCGAAGGACACCCCAAUACUGUCAGACGUAUCCCUGUACGAUAAGAAGUUCCACCACAACGUACUGUGA